AUGGUGGUUUCUCAAGGAUCCGAACCCACUAGCGGAGUCGUCUCUCCCUGCCUCUUCCCGUCUUCCCCCGAUGCAGGGGAGGAAGUGGAGUUGGUGAGCUUGGUGGUUGAAGCAGAGAAGAGCACCGAGGCUGCGGCGGCGGCUGUGGUGGUGGUGAAAGAAGAGGAUCAGGAAGACGAGGAUGAUGACGGUGGUGAUGGGGUGCUUAGCUACUUGAAAGGAUUCGGCAGCGGUGGCGGUGAAGAAGUUCCGAACAACAGCAACGGCGACAGCGGCGGGUCUUCUUCCUCUGCGACGUCGUCGUCGUCUGCGGCGGUUGUUCCGAAACCGAUGGAGGGAUUGAACGACUCCGGCCCGCCCCCUUUCCUGAAGAAGACGUUCGAGAUGGUGGACGAUCGCAACACGGAUCCCAUCGUCUCGUGGAGCAAGAACAGGGAUAGCUUCGUGGUUUGGGAUUCUCACGAGUUUGCUAAGCAUCUCUUGCCCAAGUAUUUUAAGCACAGUAAUUUCUCCAGCUUCAUUCGCCAGCUCAACACCUAUGGAUUCCGGAAGAUUGAUCCGGACAGAUGGGAGUUCGCCAAUGAAGGGUUCCAAGGAGGGAAGAGACAUUUGCUCAAGAACAUCAAGAGAAGAAGCAGGUAUAACAAACAGCAGCAACAACAGCAACAAUCAGGUGCAACGCUCAUCAAUGGCGGUGAUUUAGCGAAACCCAAGUUGGAGACGGAGUUCGAGAGCUUGAAGAAUGAUCAGGACCUGCUGAAACUGGAAAUCCUGAAGCUGAGGCAGGAACAGGAGGAUUCCAACAGCCAGAUGGUCGCAGUAGAGGAGAGGAUCCGGGCGGCAGAGUGCAAGCAACUCCAGAUGUUCAUGUUCUUCGCCAAAGCAACCAGAAACCCGGGCUUCAUCCAGCGGCUAAUCCAGAAGAGGAAAUCUCAGCAGCAGUUGGGUUACAGCGGUGAAAUGGCAGGAAAGAAGAAGAGGAAACUGCUGCCAACUCCUCCACGCCACCAACCUGCCGAGACCUCGGUUCACGAUGAUAUCAACUGCAGGAACCUGGCGCGGCACCACUUGGCCACGAUGCAGACCGAGCUCGACCAGGUACUGCCGGCUGAUCACGACGGCGAGGCUGGAACCGGGUUGUCGUCUUCGGUCUCGAAGCUGUUGUUCUCGGCUGCUCCGGUGCCAAGUGGCGAAUUCGGCAGCCCAAUUGACGAUCCUGAUCAGAAGAACGACGAUCAGGAUAACCCUGACGAUAUCUCCUCGGUUUAUGAUCUGAUGUCUUUGGAUGAGGAAGACCCGGCUGUGGACUACACACCGGUGGAGGAUGAAGAUCUGGACAUGAAUGACUCCAAAUUCUACUUGGAGUUGGAGGAUUUGCUCGGCAGCAGCAGAGUUGGAUUGGCUGUGUGAAGCAGCUGGGAUUAUGCUUAGCCUCUGGCAACGAAAAACCUGCCACUUUUGUUUGGAACUUGUGCUGUAUAAUAAUAACCGGUAUACAAUGUACAUACCAGCAGCAGAAAAACUUAGGGUUUGAUCUAUUGCUUUAGUGUAGU